ACACCAUGCCAACACUGCUUGCUAUACCUACCUACGGGCUACCGCCGGCCCGUGCACGUAGGCCACACGUGAGAAGGCUCGAUCGAGCCCUCGACGACGACCACCUCCCCCAGCUUUUCCCGGCCCGUCUCCGGCAUCGCCUCCGGUCGGUUGCCUAGCUACUUGGCAGUAGGUGCGUGGAAACGAUGGCCAGGGCCGUGAAGCUGCUGGCUGCUGCAGGUUCCCACCCGCUGAAGGCCUGCCUCGGCUCCGGCGGCGGGCAGCGCUUGGGCUCGUUACCGCGCCGGACGACGACGAUGCCGACGACGAGACGAACCAGAGCGUCCCGUCCGGGGGUGAACGGAGUGACCCAGGCUCACAAGACGUUUGAGGUAGAAGAACAUUCAAACAGUCCUGCCAAAAAAUUUAGUAGCCAUGGCAUAAGCAGACAACAUAACAAGGGCACAUCGUCAGAUACUGCGAUGAGGAAACAGCUCGAGCAAGUCGACGUGCUUCAGAACAUGGGAAUUUCCCGGCAUUUCGAUGGUGAGAUCAAACGUAUCUUGGACAUGACAUACAGCUGCUGGUUACAGGGAGAUGAAGACAUCAUACUGGAUGCGGGAACUUGUGCUAUGGCAUUUCGUAUUCUUCGUAUGAACGGAUACGAUGUUUCUGCUGAUGAGUUGCAUCAUGUUGCUGAAGCACUCGGGUUCCAUCCUUCACUUGAAGGAUAUUUGAAUGAUACAAGAUCCCUAUUAGAGUUGCACAAGGCUUCAAAAGUCAGUAUCUCAGAAGAUGAGUCUAUCUUGGACUUCAUAGGCUCAUGGUCAGGCUGCUUGCUAAAGGAACAGCUAAGAUCUGGUGGACUGCAGGGAACACCACUUUUUAGAGAGGUGGAACAUGCUCUGGAAUUUCCUUUCUACACCACAUUGGAUCGUCUUGACCACAGGUGGAACAUCGAAAACUUCAAUAUCACAGGAGAAAAGAUGCUAAAAACAUCAUCCAUGUUAUGUUCUACUAACGAUGAUAUUCUAGCAUUGGGUAUCCGAGAUUUCAGUGCCUCCCAGGUUACUUACCAGGAAGAACUUCGUCAUCUCAAAAGCUGGGUGAAAGAGAGCAGGCUCGACCAGUUACCAUUCGCAAGGCAGAAGUUGGAGUACUUCUACCUCUCUGCUGCUGGCACCAUAUUCACUCCUGAACUGUCAGACGCUCGCAUUCUUUGGGCCAAAAACGGUGUCCUCACAACCAUUGUCGAUGACUUUUUUGAUGUUGGAGGAUCAAAAGAAGAAUUGGAAAACUUAGUCACAUUGGCUGAGAUGUGGGACGAGCACCACAAAAUUGAGUUUUACUCCGAACAUGUAGAGAUCGUUUUUUCUGCAAUUUACAUUUUAGUAACCCGUCUUGGAGAAAAGGCUUCUUUGCUACAAGACCGUGAUGUUACCAAACACCUAGUAGAAAUAUGGCUGGAUCUGCUGAAGUCUAUGAUGACCGAGGUAGAGUGGCGGAUUAACAAAUAUAUCCCAACAACAGAAGAAUACAUAACAAAUGCAGCUUUGACAUUUGCACUAGGCCCCAUUGUGCUCCCAGCAUUGUAUUUUGUUGGGCCAAAGAUCCCAGAAUCUGCUGUUAAAGACCUAGAAUACAACGAGUUGUUCAGGCUAAUGAGCACAUGCGGCCGUCUUCUGAACGAUGUUCAAACUUAUGAGAGGGAAUAUAGAGAGGGCAAGGUGAACAGCGUUUCUCUUCUCAUCCAUCAGAGCGGCGGCUCCUUGUCCAUAGCGGAGGCCAGAAGGGAGAUACAAAAGCCCAUCGACACCUGCAGGAGAGACCUCCUAGGACUGGUUCUCAGGAAGGAAGGCGUCGUCCCUAGGCCCUGCAAGGAGCUGUUCUGGAAGAUGUGCAAGGUGUGCUACUUCUUCUACUCUCGGGGCGACGCGUUCAGCUCGCCGGAUGAGAAGGCUAGAGAAGUGGACGCUGUGGUCAACCUGCCGCUACUGCUCAAGGGAAGUAGUAAUGUGUCGCUGCCUAUCUUGUGGGAGGGAUCAAACCAACAUGCAUGAUCUGAUGCUUCUUGAAUUGUUUGGUUGAUCGGUCAUGUGGCCGGCUUCUUUUUAAGGCACUUGAAUUGUUUGGUUGAUCGGUCAUGUGGCUGGUUUCUUUUUAAGGCACAGUAGCUAGAAGCAGAUACCAGACGCUGUAACUUGAUGGAAUGCCAUGGUGUCAUAGGAAAUUUGGGGAGUUUUAGAAACUCGCGGAGACGAACUGAAAGAAAGGUCAAUGUUUGCAGCAGAACUUCUGCUGUGCUAUCUCAUUUUGAUAAACAGGGGAUGGAAGUUAUACUCACUGCUUACAGUCUAUGUACUUAUUUUGAUGCAAAGGAGAUAGCCAUACUGUGUAGUUCUGAA